GUCACCGCUCAAGCAACUAAAGUCUAAAAGUAAGAGAGAGAAACAAAUAAACAAGUACUAACAGAGAUAAAGACACUAAAAAGACAAAAGAAAAACAGAGCAAUAAAAAGAAAACAAGCUUUCUUCCAACACAACACAACACAACACACAAAACAACAACGUCAACUUCAACAAAUCAACCAUUGAAAUUAAAUUUUGUUUCUUUCUCUCUUUUCUCAAUAACCACCUUAGAUCCCGCUUUGUUGCUUUCACAACCACGCACUCUUUCUUUCAUGGUCAAACCUUUCACAUUCCUGCCUCAUCUUUCUACUCCCUUUCGUAUCUUUUCAUUAUCAGAGAAUGCAAUCGGAUGAGUCUGAUUCCGAAAACCCCAUGACCCACUUUGUUCAAACUCAGUCUUUUUCUUCUUCAGAUACGAAAGGGAAACAUAGGAUACAUGCUGAACUUAAAAGAUUGGAACAGGAAACAAGGUACUUAGAGGAAGAGCUGGAAAAGCUUGAGAGGAUGGAUAAAGCAUCUGCAUCAUGCAAAGAGAUGCUUAGCAAUGUCGAGAAAAGGCCUGAUCCAUUACUUCCAUUAACAAUUGGUCCCUUAAAUCCUACAUGGGAUCGAUGGUUUGAAGGCCCCCAAGAUUCCAAAGGCUGUUGCAGAUGUUGGAUUCUCUGAUGAAUAAAGAUAAUUGCCAAAGUUCUAUCUUUGUUUCUUUCACCAUUUUAACACCAGAUUGGUCCAGAGAUUUUUUGAGUUUGAUUUUUCAUGAAUGAUUCGCGUGUAUAUAUUAAUUACAGCAAAUACAUAGUGUUUAUAUUUCUGAUAAAUGCUCAAUUAUUCCGAUGAUAAUUCCAGUUGAUAGUUCUAAGAUAUGUAAAUGGAGAGUUGGAUAGUUCAACUGGUUUGAACUAGGUUGAAAGAGUUUGGUAAACUGAACUAUAUUAAGUUAUUUUAACAUAUACACGGGGUCGCAUUUUAUCAA